GCGUUUUUCUCUCUCUCCCCUUCUCUGCUCGCAACUUUCUCUCUAGAUUGAGGCGGAUUCUUCAAGUAAAAUCAGUUUAGAUCAGUGUCCGUGUGCGUGCGUGCGUGUGCGUGACCUGAGGGCCCGGUGUUUUUUUUUUUUUAUUUCCCUUCGCUCGGAGGAAAAAAAUGGAGCGUGUGCCUUUAAGGCGCCCGACUGCCUGUCGCUUUGUGCUGCGGAGAGACUGACGCCCUCUCUGGACACAGUGGACACUUGAGCGGCGGCGGAGCAACCAUCCUGGAGAAGUUCAAAGAGAGGGAAAGAAAAGCAGCCACGGUUUCCCCCCCCGGAAAAGAGACGUCCGAAAGCCCCGUGCUUCCCUUCCCGACCCCGUCGCGGUGUUUUGAGCUGUGUUGCCGGUGAGCCGUCAGGAUGAGGCCUGGUCAGCUGAUCCUCCCCUCCGCUGCAGCGCUGCUCUUCCUGCUGUCAGGGCUGUCUCUGACCUCCGGCUGCAACAAGGCCCUCUGCGCCAGCGACGUCAGCAAAUGUCUCAUCCAGGAACUUUGCCAGUGCCGUCCAUCUGAUGGGAACUGUUCCUGCUGUAAAGACUGCAUGCUUUGUUUGGGGAAUCUCUGGGAAGAGUGCUGCGACUGCGUGGGGAUGUGUAACCCCAAGAACUACAGCGACUCUCCGGCCACGUCGAAGAGCACGGUGGAGGAGCUGCACCGCCCAAUCCCCUCGCUGUUCCGCGCCCUCACGGAGGGCGACGCGCCCAUCAACAUGAUGGUGGUGUCCUUCCCCGUCGCCGAGGAGCUCUCGCAUCACGAGAACCUGGUUUCCUUCCUGGAGUCCCUCGACAACCGGCACCAGAACGUGUCGGUGCCUGGAAACAGCAUCCACGCCAGCUACGACACGCAAGAGAACAUGUGCACCGUGGUCUACUUUGACGACUGCGUGUCCAUCCGUCAGUGUAAACUAUACUGCGAGUCGAUGGGAGGAUCGAAAUACCGCUGGUUUCACAACGCCUGCUGCCAGUGCAUCGGGCCGGAGUGCGUCGACUACGGCAGCAAGGCCGUCAAGUGCUUGAACUGUCUCUUCUGAAGGGUGGGCACACAUUGGUACCAAACGUCUGGAUCGUACCACAGGACUGAGGGCAGAGGAAUCCAGUACUUUUAAGUGUUAGCAUUCCUCAGUUACCUUGUAAAAUACCCCCUAAAACCCAAACUCCUACUCCUGCAAAUUGUUUUUAUUCUGCUGUUACUGUUCACUGUAUAUUUUUAGAUAUGUUUUCAAUAGUGUCUUUUUUACUAGAGGUGUAUAUGAAUAAUGUAUUUUUGCAAUUAUAGCCUGCUAAAUCCCAGUCUCAUGCCAAAUAAAGAAGAAUUUGGUGACAUGGACAUAA